AUGUCUCUCCCUGUGGCACACGGCCUGUCCCUGCAGCGGCCUGUCCCUGCAGCGGCCUGUCUCUGCAGCGGCCUGUCUCUGCAGCGGCCUGUCCCUUUGGAGCGGCCUGUCCCUGCAGCGGCCUGUCCCUGCAGCGGCCUGUCCCUGCAGCGGGCUGUCCCUGCAGCGGCCUGUCCCUGCAGCGGCCUGUCCCUGCAGCGGCCUGUCUCUGCAGCGGCCUGUCCCUGCAGCGGCCUGUCUCUGCAGCGGCCUGUCUCUGCAGCGGCCUGUCCCUUUGGAGCGGCCUGUCCCUGCAGCGGCCUGUCCCUGCAGCGGGCUGUCCCUGCAGCGGCCUGUCCCUUUGGAGCGGCCUGUCCCUGCAGCGGCCUGUCCCUGCAGCGGCCUGUCCCUUUGGAGCGGCCUGUCCCUGCAGCGGCCUGUCCCUGCAGCGGCCUGUCCCUUUGGAGCGGCCUGUCCCUGCAGCGGCCUGUCCCUGCAGCGGCCUGUCCUUUUGGAGCGGCCUGUCCUUUUGGAGCGGCCUGUCCCUUUGGAGCGGCCUGUCCUUUUGGAGCGGCCUGUCCCUGCAGCGGCCUGUCCCUGCAGCGGCCUGUCCCUGCAGCGGCCUGUCCCUUUGGAGCGGCCUGUCCCUUUGGAGCGGCCUGUCCUUUUGGAGCGGCCUGUCCUUUUGGAGCGGCCUGUCCCUUUGGAGCGGCCUGUCCUUUUGGAGCGGCCUGUCCCUGCAGCGGCCUGUCCCUUUGGAGCGGCCUGUCCCUUUGGAGCGGCCUGUCCUUUUGGAGCGGCCUGUCCCUUUGGAGCGGCCUGUCCCUGCAGCGGCCUGUCCUUUUGGAGCGGCCUGUCCCUUUGGAGCGGCCUGUCCUUUUGGAGCGGCCUGUCCCUUUGGAGCGGCCUGUCCCUGCAGCGGCCUGUCCCUGCAGCGGCCUGUCCCUUUGGAGCGGCCUGUCCUUUUGGAGCGGCCUGUCCUUUUGGAGCGGCCUGUCCCUUUGGAGCGGCCUGUCCCUUCAGCGGCCUGUCCCUUUGGAGCGGCCUGUCCUUUUGGAGCGGCCUGUCCCUUUGGAGCGGCCUGUCCCUUUGGAGCGGCCUGUCCCUGCAGCGGCCUGUCCUUUUGGAGCGGCCUGUUCCUUUGGAGCGGCCUGUCCCUUCAGCGGCCUGUCCCUUUGGAGCGGCCUGUCCCUUUGGAGCGGCCUGUCCUUUUGGAGCGGCCUGUCCCUUUGGAGCGGCCUGUCUCUGCAGCGGCCUGUCCCUUUGGAGCGGCCUGUCCCUUCAGCGGCCUGUCCCUUUGGGGCGGCCUGUCCCUUUGGAGCGGCCUGUCCUUUUGGAGCGGCCUGUCCCUUUGGGGCGGCCUGUCCCUUUGGAGCGGCCUGUCCCUUCAGCGGCCUGUCCCUGCAGCGGCCUGUCCCUUUGGAGCGGCCUGUCCCUUUGGAGCGGCCUGUCCCUGCAGCGGCCUGUCCCUUUGGAGCGGCCUGUCCCUUUGGGGCGGCCUGUCCCUUUGGAGCGGCCUGUCCCUGCAGCGGCCUGUCCCUUUGGGGCGGCCUGUCCCUUUGGAGCGGCCUGUCCCUUUGGAGUGCCUUUGUGGCCCAACAGGGAGCGUCUGUGUCAUUUGUGCAGCCGCUGAUGUGA